UAGAUUUCUGAGUGAAGAUGAAUUUAGCAGAGAUUUGUGAUAAUGCCAAAAAAGGAAGAGAAUAUGCUCUCCUUGGGAAUUAUGACUCUUCUAUGGUAUAUUACCAGGGUGUCAUCCAGCAAAUCCAGAGACAUUGCCAGUCGAUCAGGGAUCCAGCAAUUAAGGGCAAAUGGCAACAGGUCAGACAAGAAUUAGUUGAAGAAUAUGAACAAGUUAAGAGCAUUGUCAACACUUUAGAGAGUUUUAAAAUGGACAGACCUCCAGAUAUCUCUGUAUCCUGUCAAGAUGAGCCCUUCAGAGAUCCAGCUGUUUGGCCUCCUCCUGUUCCAGCUGAACACAGGGCUCCACCUCAGAUAAAACGUGCCAACAGAGAUGGAAAAUCGUUGAAGAAAGACUCCCCAGGACUUCAGCCCCGCGGGCCCGUGGGCAGAGCACACCUCGUGUCCAAGGGGGAAAAAUCCUCAGGCAGCCGUGAAAGGGAAUCCAGGGUUAGAGGAAGAGAUGACAAGGGAAAGAAAAUACCCCAGGAAUUUGGUGAUGGGGAUAUUCCAAAAUUUGAUGGAGCAGGUUAUGACAAAGACCUGAUCGAAGCUCUUGAAAGAGACAUUGUAUCAAGGAAUCCAAGCAUUCAUUGGGAUGACAUAGCAGAUUUGGAAGAAGCCAAGAAAUUAUUAAGAGAGGCUGUUGUGCUUCCAAUGUGGAUGCCUGAUUUUUUCAAAGGGAUCAGAAGACCUUGGAAGGGUGUGCUGAUGGUUGGUCCUCCUGGCACUGGCAAAACAAUGCUAGCAAAAGCUGUUGCUACAGAAUGUGGGACAACAUUCUUCAACGUGUCUUCCUCUACACUGACGUCUAAAUACAGAGGCGAGUCAGAGAAGCUGGUCCGCCUCCUGUUUGAAAUGGCUCGGUUUUAUGCGCCAACGACGAUCUUCAUUGACGAGAUAGAUUCCAUCUGCAGCCGCAGAGGCACGUCUGAUGAGCACGAGGCCAGUCGCAGAGUCAAGUCAGAGCUGCUCGUGCAAAUGGAUGGGGUAGGUGGUGCUCUGGAAAAUGAUGACCCUUCCAAGAUGGUUAUGGUAUUAUCGGCUACAAAUUUUCCCUGGGAUAUUGACGAAGCUCUCCGACGGAGACUGGAGAAGAGGAUUUAUAUACCUUUGCCCACAGCAAAAGGCAGAGCAGAACUACUUAAGAUUAAUCUUCGGGAAGUAGAACUAGAUCCUGAUAUCAGCCUUGAAGAAAUUGCUGAGAAGAUUGAAGGCUAUUCUGGUGCUGACAUCACUAAUGUUUGCAGGGAUGCAUCUCUAAUGGCAAUGAGAAGACGUAUUAAUGGCUUAACUCCAGAAGAGAUUCGUGCACUUUCUAAAGAAGAGCUUCAGAUGCCGGUUACCAAGGGGGACUUUGAGCUGGCUCUGAAGAAAAUCUCCAAAUCUGUUUCUGCUGCAGACCUGGAGAAGUAUGAAAAAUGGAUGGCGGAGUUUGGAUCUGCUUAAUCUCAAUGACAACUUUCCUUUGCUGGAGUUUUAUGGUUUUUGUUGUUCUCACUUUCAAAAUGAGUUAGAAAUCUUUUUAAAGGUUUAAUAAAAGGUUUGCCUCUGCCCUCAUCCCACCCCUUUCUGGUGACAGGACCUUUUAAGCUAUUUGCCUUUAAAGGGAAUGAACGCAAUAAUGAGCUGAUAUUGUAAAAGAUAUUUCAUCUCUGAAGUAGAAAAAUAAGACAAACAGGAAGGGAAAAAUCAUACUUCUGAGGGUAGUCUUUUUAUUUUUCAAAUGAAGAGCAGUGUUACUUAACUUCCUCCUAGUCAUUUUUUUAUGGCUGGAGUCAAUAAAUCAGCUGGGGGAUGUGACUCCAGAGGAACAGACAAGGGCUUGCUGUACCCCCUGCUCUUAAGUGCUGCUUCUGCCUGCCUUGAAUGUGGCAUCCAAGUUAUUAUUCUUUCUCUCUGUGCUCGGAUAUUCAGAGCAAAGCCUGUGGAUUAAUUGGCAUUACACAGAGGAAAUGAAGAUCAGUUUUCCAUCAAGACAUGAGCCUGACUCUCCUCUCAUGUACUCCCAUUUGGAACUGAUGUCACUUCAGACUGUGAUCAGUGUUAUCUGCAAUGACUUCUGAUGGAAAUGAGAGGGAAAGAAAGAGGCAUGGAUUGUUCUCAGUCCAGUUUAUGCUUGUUCUCUGAACAUAGUUUGAACCUGUUUGACCAGUAGACACUUUGACUUAGACUAUAACUUGCACUUUUUUGCUUAUAUAUCAUCUUGUACU